AUGCGCGGUCGCAGACGUGUGAAGAGGCAGCAGGUCGAAGCAGACGAUGGCUGGACAACGAUCACGCACGGUCUUUCGAACCUGUCCGUUGGGAAAGGGAAGGAAGUGAGCAAGGAGUACAUGAAUAGCUUCAUGCCGACGCGGACAGUAGAAGGGCUGACCUCGGAGAAGCUUUUGGAGGAUUUCAAGAAGCUAGAGGAUCGCUGGACAGAGACGACAUGCGCGAAACAAAUCAAGGCGAUACUGGACAGGAGAGAAUGGGAUAUUGGGGUUGCUGUGUGCAUUGGGAUUGGGAGCUUUAGUCUUGACUGGCAUCAUCGACACCGCUCGCUGUGGCAGCUCGUGCUGUUCAUGGACGUUGUCGGACACCUGAAAGAACAAAAUCCGUCGCUCACCCUCUACGCUCAAGAACCUACUUUCACGCCCGUCGAUAUCGCGUUUCUGAAGUCCCUCGCAGUCACCGUCGUCGAGUCCGCCGUCGAGUCACAUAUCUCCCCGCAGACGUUCGUGUAUGCGCCGUUCGUCGACUGGUGCAUUUUGCUCCCUGUUUUCCUCAAAGAUAAAAAGCCUGCGCUGUAUGUUGGGAAUGAGAUUCAGGAUGACUAUACUGCCGUCACACAAGGGAAGAAGGGGUCGCUCGAGAAACUGGAUGAGAGCAAUGAAGUGGGGAAGAAGUUUCUGCAAGAGAGGGAGAUGGCGCGGUUGGAAGAGUUUGAUAUGCAUUUGAAUGCGUUGAGUGGGUUGUGCAUCUACUGGAAUAAAGAGGGAGAGGAAGAGGAUGAUGCACAAUCUAGAGAAGAUUCCUAG